AGAUUCACCUAUCCCGAACCAGACGGUAAGUCAUCUCGUCCGUAACAAAUCAAAAGUGCCCUGUUCCCUUCCAUCUUCUCCUUUCACUAUCCCCAUCACACACGCGCGCAACACACACACACGCACCAUACACACUGGGCUAGUGACUAGCAGACGCAAAAGGAGAGCUUGUUUCUUUUUCUGCUUCUUCUUGUUCCUAUUUCCUGAUUCGUCCCGCCCUGGCCCGCCAUCCGCCAUCCGCCUUCUCCUCAGGUUUCACAGCGCC